AUGCGAUCCCCGAGGGGUAGGAUGAAAGAGGUGCAAAAAAUGAAAGGAAGCAACGUCAAAACUGGACCGAAUGGAAGACCAACAACGACAUGCAAGUGCCUGGCCGGUUCGUCCGCAAAACGGGGACAGGAACCGGCCGAAAUGUGGGACACAAGUGCAUGUUGGAGGCGACAGACGUGUGAAGACGGGAAAGGGCAACGAUUGAUCGAGCUACCGAUCGAUGCCCGAUACAUCCUCCCCGACAGAAGCAGUACAAGUCCACUGAGACGUGGUGUUGUCGAAGCAUGA